AGCGGCGUGACCACUGUAAGUGCGGGGAAAAGUACAGAAGGGCCCGGGCUGAGCUGGGGGAGCCGGCAGCCACUGGGGCCCUGGCCGGAACCAGGGCUGCACACCUGUGUAAAGAUUUAUGGAGUUGUACACUCAGGACUUACGCACUUUACUAUGUGUAAAUUAUAAUUCAACCUAAAAUUAUACCUUAGUUAAAAACAGUAAUGAUGUCUGAGCCCCAUUCCUAGGAAUUAAGAUUUUAAAUGGUCCAGGGAUGUGCCCCAGCAUUGCUAUACUUUAGGAACUCCUAGGAGAUUCUAAUGGUCAGCCAGAGUUGAGAGCCACUGUUUUUAGGGACAGGAAGGAGUCAACUGUUGAAUCUGAGUGAUGGGGAGAGUAUUCUGAUGCCAUUCGAGGUCUGGUGGCACAUUCAGGCAUGGGAGGGUGUGGAGAGAGCUGACGCUUAGCUCGGCUCAGCUUUGGCUUUCAGGGGACCUGAAGUGAGGGUGGGUCUUCCAAGCUUCCUCAUGGACACAUGCAAAGAUAAGCAGCCAACUCCAGGCUUGGGUGUUGUAGACAGGGCUGACUAUGUGCUGAGCACUCUUGGGAAAGGAGCAGUUUGUGGAAUUUGCUUAGGCUCAGGCUUCUUUUCCUACUCCAAGGGCAAGAUGGCAGAGGAUGAAGGCUCACAGGACACCUUGAGGCUCCAGUUCAGGGCCAUGCAGGAGAUGCAGCACAGAAGGUUACAGAAGCAGAUGGAGAAACGGAAGGAAAAAGAACUUAGCCUCCAAAGCAGAGUUGAUGACCAAAAAGAGCCCCUGGAGAUCUCUGAUGGCCUCAGCGUCCUCCAAGCCGGGGAGCAGAACUCAAAAACCAGCUUUGAGCAGAGGAUGCUUGAAGAUGAGAUCGAACGGCUUCGGGAUCAAAUCAGGGAAACAGUGGAUGAGAACGGGCGAUUGUAUAAGUUGCUGAAGGAGAGGGACUUUGAAAUCAAACACCUCAAAAAGAAAAUAGAAGAGGACAGAUUUGCCUUCACAGGGACGGCUGGUGUGGCUGGGGACGUGACUGCCACCAAGAUCGUUGAGCUGUCCAAAAAGAACCGGGUGCUGAUGGCAGAGUCCGAGGGUGCGAAGACCAGAGUGAGGCAGCUGAACAACCGCAUCCAGGAGCUGGAGCAAGAGCUGCAGAUGGCCCUGGCCAGGCUGCCAGGCAAGGGGGCCACCGACGCAGGAGCCAAGCUGCCGAAGGCCCAGAUGGGAGACAGAGCCUUGCAGGACAGCCCAGAGGUGAAGGUCUUGCAGGACAGGCUGGCGGCCACAAACCUGAAGAUGAGUGACCUCCGCAACCAGAUCCAGGCUGUGAAGCAGGAGCUCCGGAUGGCCCAGAAGGUGUUAACCAGUGAGGUUGGGGAAGAUGUGAACAUCCAGCAGCUCCUGUCCUCGCCUGGGACGUGGAGGGGUCGGGCUCAACAAAUUCUCGUCUUGCAGAGCAAGGUUCGAGAGCUUGAGAAACAGCUGGGACAGACUCGGAGCCGGUCGGUAGAAACAGCCAGUGACGACUUGUCUGUCUAUCCCGAUCCAAGGAAGCUGUCGGCACAGGAGAAAAAUCUGCUGAGGAUCCGCAACCUGGAGAGGGAAAAACAGGAAAGCUGGGAGAAACUUGCAGCGGAGCGGGAUGCCCUCCAGAGAGAGCUCGAAGAGCUGAGAAAGAAGUUUGAGGGCGUGAGGUCCCGGAACAAGGUGCUGUCGAGCGAAGUGAAGACCCUCAGGAGUCAGAUGGGGACCCUCGUGGAGAAGGGCCGGCAUGACGACGAGCUCAUCGACGCCCUCAUGGACCAGCUGAAGCAGCUACAGGAGAUUCUGGGCAGCCUGAGCCUGCAGGAGGAGAAGACGCGAGUGUCCCGGCACCACCUGGACCAGCAGCUCAACAAUGAGGCCCAGCAGAGCAGCAGCCUCGUGGCCCAGCUGCGGGCCACGGUGGCUGAGCGGGAGGCCAAGGUGCGGCAGCUGGAGGUGGAGAUCGGGCAACUCAGUAUGCAGUAUCUUCGGAAUAAAGGAGUAGGCGAGGGGUCCAGUGGGCCCGAGGUCAACCCGGCCUCCGCCAAGUUCCCCGAGGACCCGGGCCUGACCAAGUCCCCGGCCUCAGCAGGCGAUCACGCUGGCAGGCUUGGAUCUUCUCGCUCCGUGACCAGCCUGGGCCACACACUGGUGGAAUCUGCUCUCACAUGGCCUUCCCUGCACGGUCCUCACGGGCCCUCACCCAGGUUCUCGGACUCCCCAGAACAAAAAGCCUGGCAGACAGAGGUGACAGAGUUCAAAGCCCUGUGGCAGGCCGCUGAGGUGGAGCGUGACCGGCUCACCGAGUUUGUCACCGUUCUGCAGAAACGGGUGGAGGAGAGCAACAGCAAGCUUCUGGAGUCAGAGAGGAAGCUGCAGCAGGAGCGGCACCGCACCGUGGUGCUGGAGCAGCACCUGGAGAAGAUGCGCCUGGAGCCUGGGAGGACGUCAGCUUCUCAGAGAGCAGCCCCCAGGAGCAAAACAGGUGUGCCCACCUCUAACACCAGGCACAACCCAAAGGAGAGUGAGAGGAAGGACCCAUCUUCCGCCCAGAUCUCCAAUGUGCCCGUGGAAUCCCAGAUGGAGGAGCUGACCACCAGGCUGGCCAUCCAGCUGGAGGAGAACGAAAUGCUGAAGGCUGCCCUAGGCAGUGCCCUCCAGGGAAAGGAGGAGGACUUCCAAAUGUACCAGGAGACCCUGGGCCAGGUGAAAGGGGUCUUCCUGCAGGCCCUGCGGCAGCAGAAGGCGGACAAGCACUAGGAUGGCGGCCCAGUGUCAGCCUGGCUGGACGGGGCAGCCUUAGGCCUUGAGAGGACGAGGCUCUAUCUGAGGACUCCAUCUGCUCCUGGAAGCCAACCUGGGGCAGCCAGCUGGGCCCCUUCUCCUAGAAGAGGCUCUCCAAG